AUGGCCGCAAUUCAGCAGCUCACCCUCUCGCAUUCCUCAUCCUCCAUUAUCACUCCAUCGCCCCCUAAAUCUCACUCCUCCAGUUUCCGCCGCCGUUCGCUGCUCCCGUCCGCCUCUGCCGCCCGCGAGUCUCCUCCUCCGGCGCCAGCGAAUCCAAUUAGCCGCCGCGGGUUGAUAGGUCUUCAUGCCGCCGCCGCCGCCGCCAUUUCACUCUCGCCACUGGGAAAAAAGGCACUGGCCGCCGACGAGCCCCUCUCCGAGUGGGAAAGAGUUUACCUGCCUAUUGACCCUGGCGUUGUCCUUCUGGACAUAGCCUUCGUCCCCGACGACCCAUCCCAUGGUUUUCUAUUGGGGACCAGACAAACUAUCUUGGAGACCAAAGAUGGAGGGAGCACUUGGACUCCACGUUCCAUACCAUCCGCCGAAGAUGAAGAUUUCAAUUAUAGAUUCAACUCUAUCAGCUUCAAGGGCAAGGAAGGGUGGAUUGUCGGCAAACCGGCUAUUUUGUUACAUACUGCGGAUGCUGGAGAUACUUGGCAGCGCGUACCACUAAGUGCUCAACUUCCUGGUGAUAUGGUGUAUAUAAAAGCCACUGGUGAAAAGGGUGCAGAAAUGGUAACUGAUCAAGGUGCAAUAUAUGUAACAUCAAAUGGAGGAUACAACUGGAAGGCUGCUGUUCAGGAGACUGUUUCAGCUACCCUCAAUCGAACAGUUUCAAGUGGUAUUAGUGGUGCAAGCUACUACACAGGCACCUUUAGUACAGUGAACCGAUCACCUGAAGGAAACUAUGUGGCUGUUUCAAGCCGUGGUAACUUCUACUUAACAUGGGAACCAGGUCAGGCAUUCUGGCAACCACAUAACAGGGCUGUAGCAAGAAGAAUCCAAAAUAUGGGCUGGAGAGCCGAUGGUGGUCUUUGGCUUCUCGUGCGUGGUGGUGGGCUAUACCUUAGCAAGGGCACAGGGAUAUCAGAGGAGUUUGAGGAAAUACCUGUGCAGAGUCGUGGAUUUGGGGUUCUUGAUGUUGGGUACCGCUCCCAGGAGGAGGCUUGGGCUGCUGGUGGCAGUGGAAUUCUGCUGAAAACUACAAACAGUGGGAAGAGCUGGAGUCGGGACAAGGCAGCUGACAACAUCGCUGCAAAUCUGUAUUCUGUAAAGUUUAUCAAUGACACACAAGGCUUCGUGCUAGGGAAUGACGGAGUCUUGCUAAAAUAUUUGGGAUGA